UAUAACUAGGUUACUAAGUGGUCGAUGGAGCUGAACGAUUUUAGACGUGUUUUUGUGAUGUAGCAAUCUAUUAGAUAGAUCAAAAUGAAGAGCCAAUCAGCAGUGGUGUUAUAUCAAUAGGUGUGUUGGAGUCAACGUGUUUUAUCGAGUUUUCAUUCACAGUUUAAAAUCAACAACAUAUUAAAAUGACCGACGUGAAUGAAAGAAAUGUCAACUAUUACCUAACAACGCCGACUGUUGAAAGUGUACCGUUAUCGAAACUGGCUGGAUUUAAAGUUUUCUUAAAAUUAGAAAACCUUCAACCACCCGGUUCCUUCAAAAUACGGGGAAUUUCUUAUUUCUGUAAAAAGGCUGUAAAUGAACGGGGAUGUAAAAGACUUGUGUGUGCAUCUGGGGGGAAUGCUGGCAUGGCAGCGGCUUAUGCAGCACAACAACUUAAAACACCGUGUACUAUUGUUCUACCAGAAAGUACCCCAGAAUUUAUAGCACAUAAACUACGAGAUUAUGGAGCUGAAGUAAUUGUAAAAGGUAUGGUGUUUGAUCACGCAAAUCAAUAUGCUUUAGAAUUAGCUAAACAACCGGGUUGUGAAUAUGUUCAUCCAUUUGAUUUACCAGAUGUGUGGGAAGGCCAUGAAUCUGUGAUUUAUGAAUGCGAGUCUCAACUGAAACCGGUAAAACCGGAUGUAGUUAUAACCAGUGUUGGGGGUGGGGGAUUAUUAAAUGGUAUUUUACAAGGUAUGAGAUCUAUAAGUUGGGAUGAUAUACCUGUGGUUGCCAUGGAAACUAUUGGUGCUGAUUGUUUUAAUAAAUCUAUAGAAGCUGAUGAAUUAGUCACGUUACCGGAUAUUACCAGUGUAGCUAAAUGUUUAGGAGCAUUAACAGUUAGUACAAGAACAUUUGAUAAUUAUAAAAUCCAGAAACCACCCGUAUUAUCAGUUGUAGUUCCUGAUAGAGAUGCUGUUAAUGCCUGUCUUAAAUUCGCAGAUGACCAUAGGUAUUUAGUAGAACCAGCAUGUGGUGCCACGUUGGCUGCUAUUUAUAGUAACAUUAUACAAAGACUUCAAGAAGAAGGAAAACUUGGCACCGUUUCCAAUGCUCUGGUUAUAGUCUGUGGAGGUAGUUCUGUGACUUUAGAACUUUUAGAAAAGUGGAAAAAAGAUUUUAAUCUGUAAUAAAUUAUAGGAUGUAUAAAACUGUAUUG